AGUCCAGUUCUUAGCUCAUUUGGCUGUCGUAUUUUUAGUUUCUGUGUAAAAGAGGUAUAAUAUGUUUGUGUUGCUGCUUCUGUGUCUAGGACACACUAAUGCUAUGUCAGAUACGGGCCCUCCGGAUGGUUUCAUGUCGAAUUUUCUCUACUCCCAGGUCCCGGAAUGGAUCGUAAUACAACAAUGUCAGAAAAGACAAAGGACUCCCUCACGGUACUGGUGAUGUGGCCCUCUGAGGGGUGGUUCGGUCACGACGAAGCGACUUGCAAGCUCAGCGUUGAAGACGUAGCUUGUGUGAAGGAACACAUAGAUUUGAAUAAAGAAACAUUGGUUUUUAUUAGUGGUUAUUUAGAUGCAUCAUUUUCGCCGAUCGUCCAAACGAUGGUGCAACCUUACCUAAAGAGAGGAAAGAAUGUUAUAGUUGUAGAAAUCUUUCCCAUCCUGGUACGAACUUAUCCCAUCGCAGCUCGUCUUACCAAGCCGAUGGGUCUCAUUCUUGGGGAGUUCUUAGCAGAACUGACUCGGCUCGGAUUGCGAGCACAAAAUCUGGAGAUGCUUGGUGGAAGUUUGGGAGCUCAUAUCGCUUACUACGCAGCUACUAAAUACCAUGAGUUGACAAAUUUAAAACCCGCAAGGAUAACAGGAUUGGAUCCAGCCGGCCCCUGUUUCCGCAAUCUGCCUCGUAACGAGAGGUUUAACUCAGACGCCGCGCACCACGUGGAUGCGCUGCACACUAAUAUUGACGGCUUUGGGAUCGCUGAUGCUGAUGCUCACGUUGAUUUUUAUGCUAAUGGAGGUGAAUACCAGCCAUACAUGAUGGGCACUUUCAUCAUGCCUUGCUUCCUCUUCUGUAGUCACGUUCGCGCCGCUCUCUACUGGAUCAUAGCUCACCAAAACCCGGACAAAUUCUUAGCAGUUCAAUGCGAUACGUUACAUGACGCGCGACACGGAAAUUGUUACGAUAAAUAUACCAAAAGCAAUGUUCUAGGCCCGAAUACUAACUUUAGCAGACCUGGUAUAUACUAUCUACCUACUACGGAAACACCACCCUAUUAUCUCGGGGUAAAGGGAUUGAAGCCAAGGAAGUAUAGAGUUAAUAACUAUUUAUUGAAGACUGCCCCAGAUAAAGAUAUUGUUAUUUGAUAUAAAA